GCACCCCAGCGCUGACGUGAGAGAAUUUGCCUGCGCCAGCAUUUCCAAAGUCUUGCAGCAGAAGCAAACAAUCCCCGCUUUUGUGCAAAGAGAUGUCGUCCGGUGUUUGGGUCCGAUGCUGCUGGAUCCGAGCCUCGCCGUUCGAGAAACUGCAACAGGAGCUCUCCGAAACCUCAGCGCUUGUGGAGGGUUUGAGGUGUGUGAUGACAUGGUGACCAAAGAUGUCAUGACCCCCCUGGUAGCUUUAUUGAAAGAGUGCCGGGCAGGGCUUGAGGAAAGCAACGGUUCUCUGAAAGAAGCCAAAGACACCAACAAGAACUACUUUGAAAAUAUCGCCUACGAGGCGGUCAACCUGCUUUGGAAUGUCUGCGAGUGCAACAGUACGGCAGUGUCUAUAUUCAACAGAGAAGGCUGCCUGGAAAUCCUGCUGCAGUAUCUGAAGAGAUUUCAUACAAGUGUGGACCUUGCUAUUGUAGUGGCGUCCUGUUUACAGGCUGUCACGGAAGAGAACCCGGAUCUGCUUUCUGCCUUUGGCACGUCGGAGCGUCAGGUGCUGGAAACCGUCAUGGCGUCAUCGGAGAAAGCAAUGGAGCACAUCCUUCUGCGGACGCUGGUGGCAGGUGUCACCUGGAAUAUAAAGAGCACCUUGCCUGCUGGCAGCCAGGCAAGUACCGUGAACGCCAUUCUGAAGAUUUUUUCAGAAUGUUUAGCUAUCGACGCAGGCGAGACCAUUAUUUCGAUGAAGGAAGCGGAAGCCGAACGGUUGAAAAGCUCAGCCCAGUUGGACGCAGAAGAGCACCAAGGCAACGGUGAGAACUCGGUGCUUAAUGAAGAAGAGGAGAUGGAGGAGGACGCGCCUAAAGACAUAGUCAAACGGGAAAACGACGUGUCGGAUCUCCUCCCAAACAGCAACCAGGAAGUGAAACAGGCGACGGCUUUGCUCCUGGCUCAGCAGACCGCUCUGGAAGUCAUCGUGAAUAUGUGCUGCAAUGAAGAUCCUUCCGAUGACGAGUGGGAGGAAUUAUCCAGCAGCGAUGAAAGCGAUACCUUUACCGAAAACAACCUUGAGGAAGAGGGGAAGCUGCUGUCUCCCCUGUGCCUGUCGGCGGAGGUUCACACAGCCCUCAUGAACCACCUUGUGCCGAAGAAGAUACUUGAAAAAACGGCUUUCCCCAACGGUAUUGCUGUUGACAUCUGUACUCGCCAUUCUGCUUGGAAGCCACUGAUUAAAAAGUUGAACAUGGUUCAGUACAGAGCCCUCACCUGCCUCCACAACAUCCUGCUGGUGUCCGACAUGGACUGUCUCGGGGGAGCAUCCGUGCUUCAGUCGCUCUCACAGCACCUGUCCCAGUUGAUUUUUUCUCAGCCUGAAUUUUCAAAAGAGGUGGAGUUUCUGGAAGCAGUAACCAGUGCCUUGAGAGCUCUUUUGCAAAAGUUGGCGUCCAAUAACAUACCGCAGUGCCUGACCCCUGAGCAGCUCAUGACGUUGUGUGAAGCCGGAAUUCACAGCAGCAACAUCAGCGUCCGUGUGAAUGUCGUGAGCAUCCUAGGGAUCGCAGGUAGCGUUCUUGCGAAAGUGGAAGACACGGUGGAAACGCUAAAGAUGAUCGGGAAAUUCCUCCUCGACGUUGCAACCAAAGACCCUUCCCUCGUGGUCGUUGGAGAAGCCCUAGACGCCCUCUUCGACGUUUUCGCCGACGGCAGGGAAGCCGAAAGAGCAGCUGAGCAAAUAAAAUUGCUCCAUGUACUUAAGGAAUUCCAGCCCGUUUUCAAGUCGCGGAUGCGGAAAGAAGGGAAAGGGUGCUACAGCAUCGACCAGCUAUGUGUGCUUGACAAUGUAAAACUGAAUUUAAGAAGAUUUAUAGCCUAUCAAGAGACACUGGAGAGGAAAAAAUGACGUUUGACUCCUAAAAAGAACCUCGAUCGAGCGGCUUGAAACUGAGAGUUAAUGCAGAAGUCAGAAAUUUCCAGGGAGAUCAGUGUUCGUCAGUGGAGCAAAACGGGCAAAGUCUUGUGCCGCUUUGAAGAUGCCAUGUUUUGCUUGGCAUAAGCUUUUACGGACCGAGUCUAGAGGACCGUCGACAAGUAAAGCUCGCUAAAUCCUUCAAGUGCCACUUCUGGGCUACAGGCCGCGCCGGAUAACACUCUGGUCGUCUUUCAGCGCCAUGUGAUCGGGUUGGUUUUGCUGCGAGCAUCCGAAAAAGUGGCCCGGCGAAGCCACAAGAGGGAUGUGGCAUCUUUUGAUUUGGCGUGGAUGAAGAAGGUCAGGAAGCAAGGCACUAUGGCUGGAGGAAAGAAGUUUGGAUUGCACGGGGAACCAAGAUAGAUCAAGUCUGCAUUCAGCUUAUGGAGGCCAAAAAUAUGGAUGGCCUUGAAUGAUUAAUUCCUUUUUGUUCUGUCCUCAGCCUUUUGGUUU